AAUACAGCACAUACAACGAAGCUCUAUUGCACGCGCUUGCUUCGUCUUGGAGGAGGGGGCUUGAUGGAGGUGGUCAUUUCCGGUCGGGAAUCGCAGCGACCCCCUUCACCACGCUUACAAUAAAACGAAGGGCGAUCUUCGGGCGUUGCGAGCAUGGCGAAUGAACUAGAGCGGGUUCGUUCAGACAUUUCGAGGUACGAGGACCGGUGCGCCGAGGUUGAAGAGGAGCUCCGACAACCGCUGAACAAGAAGCAGCGAGACAAGCGGGAGAAGGAGCUGAUCCUCCUGCUGGCCAACUUGGUGGAGCUUCGGAAGGAGAAGAACCUGGCGCAGGAGGCGCAGGAACGGAGCGCGGCGGCUGGCCAGUUGAGCGCAGCAGCGUUCGGUGCUCUCAACCAGAAGCUGGACAUCGUUCUGGCCCAGCAGCAGGUGAUAAGCCAGCAGUACCAGGCGAUCCUGACAUCGAUAACUUCCAGCGCUCACCUGCCACCGUCGUCACUCGAUUCAGCAGCCCGUCAGAACCUGCGGGAAGACGUGCUGCUAAAGUACAAGGCGGUAGAUGGCAAAGGCUGGACGUGGUGUUUGGUCACUGGCCGGUUCUGGCCACCGCUUCCAGACACCAAUGCGCCUCACGUGCGGGCUUGCCACAUCUUCCAGCGCAAGUGGGGCAUCACUGAGUGGGCUGGGCUCGAGCUGGGGCCCUCGUUGGAUACGCCUAUCAACGUGAUCCCAACGCACGCUGGUGUGGAGCACGCAUUCGACGGGUUUCAGGUCAUCGUGCUGCCCAGCCAGGCUGAGGAGGACGAGGACGGCGAGACCAUCUUCACGGUGCACGUGCUGGAUCCGGAACUCCUGCAUAAGACCGUGUACGGUGAGUUCAAGAGCCGGCAGCACGAGAACAGCACCCCCUGUGCCGAGCCGCCAUCCGAGCUGGCGGCCAUCACAUUCAUGGACAUCGACAAGACACCGCUCAAGUUCAGGCCGGAUUCGGACAUGCGGCCGGCGAAGCGGUGCUUUAUGGCACAUGCACUAUGGGCGCUCACGUUUGCCAAGGUGCGCAAGUGGCCGGUGGACCCGGGCAUCCGCGUGACCGUGGACAGCUUCGGCUGGAGAUCACCCACUUUCAUGGAGGCAAGGGAGAGGACGCAGCUGUGGGUUCACAUGCAGGCAGCCGGUGUGGCUGCCGGGCUGCCGGCAGGCCCUAUCGACGGGCUGCUGGCAGACGAGCUGCCGGCAGACGAGCUGCCGGCAGGCUCCAUUGACGGGCUACCCACGAGCGCUGUAGGCAGCGGCUGAGGGUGGAGCGUUGUGCACGCAUGUCCUCGUACCGUUGGAGCUCGUGUACACAACGGUCCUCUUAGUCCGAGAUGUAUGCGGGGAGCCGUCAAUUCAGCAGGCUCGGAAGACAGGGCGGUGGGGUGGCGGCGUGACGCAUGACAGGGCAAGGAAGGUAGGAUGUGUGGGGCGUUAGGGUCGGGAGGAGAUGAGAGUCAUGUUGCGCGCAUUGGCCUGCCAUGGCGUGCAGUGGAGGAUGCGUACAGAUCCCAGCACAGGUGUGGUGGGUGCGGUGGGUUACAGGCAGGGCGAGAGGGGGGCAUCCUUGCGUAGUGCUGAGACCACCUCCUCACUGCCCAUGCACGUACUCCCCAUGUGUACUCAAGCGAUACGGCCUAGAUGCACUAGACACUAUCUACAAUGCUCAAAACCGCUCUGAUUUUGAAUCCAGCUGCUGCUCGCUUCGCUCGGGGGCAUUAAGCCCCAAAGGGCGGUUUUAAGCAUUGUAGAUAGUGUCUAGUGCAUCUGGGCCGUACCGCUUGAGUACACAUGGGGAGUACGUGCAUGGGCAGGGAGGAGGUGGUCUCUGGAGCUUCUAGUAAACUUGAACGGAACUUAAGACAGGUUAUGAAGGAGGGAAGCGGAUAAAUAGGCUGGCGAGGUAGCGCAUGCUGGGUAGGCGAAGGCCGAGGAGAGAAGGGCGGGGGAAGCCGCCGUAUGUCGGAGGAUGGGGCCCCAUGCGUGAACGUGGCUCGAAAGACGGACUGUUUUGGUUGCACCGGUAUCGUGCGAGUUAUUAUUUUACUUAGCGUUUGGCGUACUAGCCGUUGGACGCCCACCCUACUUGUUUUUACGCAUACUCUGCGAAAUGGAGGCUUGCUACCUAGCGCGGUUUUGAGUCACUCUUGUGUUUUCAUCCUGGGGGGUGGUCUCUGCCCGGCGACUAGGAAUGGCCGGGCAGACCCGUGCUGGUUAGUAGGCGGCGUAGAAAUUAGACGGUCGCGGGGCUGGGGCCAAGGGACGCGGCGUGCGACUGUGUUUAGGCACGCCGCCCAAGUAAGGGCACAGCCGCUUACUCCCCAUACCCAUUUGCCCUCCCCGGGUGAUGAACGUUUGCAAACUUGAGCAAGACGAUGAUUAUGACUUGCAUUGCGGUAUGCGGAAUGCUGUAAUUGGUGGGUGAU